AGCCCGAGGCGGCGACAGUGGAGGAGGAAGGGGAGGAGGCGCCGGUGUUCGGGGUCCGGGUCCGGGUGGUGAGCGGGUGACGCGGCCAUGGCGACCACUGUCAGCACCCAGCGGGGCCCGCAGCCGGUACCCGGAGCACCUGUGUCGAUUUGGCUGACCAGGCCAAGAGAAGAAGGAUCCUUCUGGGCCCAGCCCUUGCACACUCGGCCCUGACGUCUGCCCGGACCCUCCCUCAGCCGCCCCGUACCUUUUAGGGUCCUCUGAACUGGAGUCGUCAUUUUGUCUUGAUCCCCCUAACAGGACAUGGUUUACAUUGGCGAGCUGCCCCAGGACUUCCUGCGCAUCACCCCCACGCAGCAGCAGCAGCAGAUCCAGUUGGACGCACAGGCUGCGCAGCAGUUACAGUACGGCGGAGCCUUGAACACCUUGGGUCGCCUCAGCAUCACUGUGGUGCAGGCGAAGUUGGCGAAGAACUACGGCGUGACCCGCAUGGAUCCGUACUGCCGCAUCCGGCUGGGCUACGCCGUAUACGAAACAGCCACUGCCCACAAUGGUGCCAAGAACCCUCGGUGGAACAAAGUGAUUCAGUGCACGGUGCCCCCGGGCGUGGACUCUUUCUACCUGGAGAUCUUUGAUGAGCGCGCCUUCUCCAUGGAUGACCGCAUCGCAUGGACGCACAUCACGAUUCCUGAGUCUCUCAAACAAGGGAAGGUGGAGGAUGAAUGGUACAGCUUAAGUGGAAGACAGGGCGAUGACAAAGAAGGGAUGAUUAACUUGGUCAUGUCCUACACGUCUCUCCCGACCGCCAUGAUGAUGCAGCCUCAGCCUGUGGUCCUGAUGCCCACGGUGUACCAGCAGGGGGUUGGCUAUGUGCCCAUUACAGGAGUGCCUGCUGUUUGUGGCCCAGGGGUGGUGCCCUUGGCAGUGGCCCCUCCAGUGGUCAGUCCCCAGCAGCCGUGUAGUGAAGAGGACCUGAAAGCCAUCCAGGACAUGUUCCCCAACAUGGACAGAGAAGUGAUCCGCUCGGUGCUGGAAGCGCAGAGGGGGAACCGGGAGGCGGCCAUCAACUCCCUGCUCCAGAUCGGGGAGGAAUCCUAGGGCCUCCCCCCCGGGCGUGGCCUGCUCGCCACCCCUCCCUUCACCCCGCCUGGCAUCAGCGUAGAGUCCCCGAGUGAUUGUCAUCUCUCUUUUUCUUGGGCAUUAACAUGCCAUUUUUUGGGUCA